UGCUCUAGGAGGAUGGAAAACCCCUGACCUCUGUCUGGCCAGUUCUGAUUGGCCCUGUGUUGAUCACAUGCACUCUCCGAAGAAAAAGAAAAAAACCUCUCUAGCAAUACACACCAAACUGAGCAUGUGCAAAAUGCCUAUGGUUCAGUCUGCCUUAUCAGGUGAUAAGAAGGAACAGAGCAAGCAGGAACAAACAUCCUUUUUACACAAUGCAGAGGAUUAACCCUUUAGGUUCCACAGUGUGCAUAACAAGCAUGCUUUACUGCAUAUACAGACUGAUUUUACUGUUGUGGGUUUAG